AUGGCGCCUGCUUUCCUGACUCCUCACACCACCACAUCCCCCGCCCUCACCCCUAUUUCCACCCCCAAUCCCCCCUCCACCACCACCACCACCACCACCUCUUCGUCCUCCUCCUCUUUCGUUCUGCCCUCCUCCCUCUCCUCUCCUGCCCACGCUGCUUCCAUGCCUUCUCCUACCACUGCCACGGCAACUCCCGCUACCACUUCAGCCUCACACCGGCCCCUUCCCUCCUCCUCACCUUCACCCUCCAUUCCCCUCUCCGCCAACCCAGGGUCUGACCCUAGCAAACGUCCAGCCACCACUGUGCAUCAGCAGCCACGGCAGCAGCAGCAGCAGCAGCAGCAGCUUCAGCAGGAGAUGUUGCAGAGGAUGGGUGAGGGAGCAGGCAGAGGUGGGGAGCGUGGGGAGGAGGGUGAGGGGGAUGAGAUGCGGGGAGUGGAUUGGGAGGAGAUAGGAGCAGCGUUGAUUGAGGAGGAGGAGGUGGUGCUGCGCGCCAAUGCUGCUCUCAAAGAGGCUCAGGCUCAGCUGGGAUGCUCCACUCCACUCCAUCCAUUCCCUGUUCAUGUUGGUUUUUGA